UGUCUAAACAGGUGAAAUUUCAGAAUGAAGAGUGCUGCAAUUUUUCUAGCAUUGCUGCUCUGUCUGCAAUGGACGUGGGCUCAGGGUGAGAGUGGAGAGGUGACAGGGAAAGACACUGAGACAGAGGGAGAGAAAGAUGUUCAGUUUGAGAUACAGGGUGUCAGAGCAGCCCACGAUCAGAGCAGCAGACAGACCAACAUCACCCCUGACAUCUGGACUGAGCUGAAGGAGCUGAGAGACAUGGCCAUCGAACAGAAGGUGGAGCUGAGGAACAGCAAGACCAAGAUCGAGAAGCUGGAGCAAGAGAACGCAGCCACACAGGCCAGACUGGCAGCCACUGAAAGCAAGAAUGCAGUUUUAGAUGCCAGAAUGAGCUUCUAUGAAAAUGUGGCCAAGGAACUCCAGAGAGAGAAUACUGAUCUUCUGGACAGAGUUACAGUGGGUGAAAAUAAGAACAAAGACCUUCUGGCCAGAGUAAUCGCAUGUGAAAAUAAGGACAAGGUGUUGGAAACCAGAAUGAACACUAAUGAAAAUGAAGUGGAGGAGCUCAAGAGAGAGAAUAGAGAUCGCCCAAAGGUGGCAUUUUCAGUUGGUCUUACUGAUGCAGGACUACUUGGACCCUUUAACACGGACAUCCCACUGAAGUUCAGUAAAGUCUUCAUCAAUAUCGGCCAGGCCUACAGCCCAACUACAGGUAUCUUCAUGGCCCCUGUCAGAGGAGUCUACUACAUAAGAUUCACCAUCUGGGACAGCCACUCUUCAGCUAUAAUGGGUGCAAAACUCUAUCACAAUGAUAAGAGCGUGAUGUGGAAUUAUGACUACAAUGAUGACUACGGCCUUGUCUCUGUGUCUAAUGCAUUAGUUCUUCAACUGGAAAGGGGAGAUGUGGUCUAUAUGGUCCUCGGCUCAGGCUACCGUAUUUAUGAUGACUCCUAUAAUCGUACUAUUUUUAGUGGAUUUCUACUUUUUGCUGUGUGACGUCACCUGUAAAACAGCCACAGUCAACGGCAUAAAGUUUCAACACUAUUAAAAAUAUGUGCACCAAUUAAAUCAAAAUAACUCUG